CAUUCUUCGUCGUUAAGAAUGCUCUCACUUCGGAGUCCAGAAAAGGGACCCGAUGAUGAGCGCACAAGCUUUCCCAGUUUUUGCGCCGCGAGUUUCUUGAAACCUUAGAGCGAUUUGUCCCUGGUGCAUUGAUCGGCAACAACAGGGGAGAAGAAAACGAGCAGAAGAUUUUUGUACGUGGGUUUGGGAUGGGUUUGGGAGCGAGCCUGAGCAGAGCGUUGGGUGUGGAGAUUGCAGACGGCGGUUUGAGCAGGAGGAGGAGAGACGAUCGCAAUGACCUGACUGAUAUCGUCUUCUCUUGGUCUCUUCACGACAUUUCGAACGAGAAUCUCUACCGUGACAAGGUGGAGACUAUACCGGAGACGUUUCAGUCGGUCCCACAUUAUCUCCGAUCUUAUGUCUACCCUUUACUGGAAGAAACACGGGCAAGUCUGUGCUCGAGUUUGGAAAAUAUUUCUUUGCUGCCUUUCACCAAGGUUACUGACUUUGUGGAAUGCAAGAGAAGUAGGAACUCAUAUGCUGUUACGGCUGGUCAGUGGAGCAAUAAAUCCAACACUCGUGGCAAGGAAACUUACAAAACUUUGCCUGGAGAUAUAUUGAUUCUGACUAAUGGUAAGCCCGCAACUGUUUCUGACUUGGAGAGGUUCGGAAGAAGAUGGGCUUUCGCGUUGGUAAGGAUGAUUGCAGGAGAUGAUGAAGAGGAUGAGGGAGGAUCUGAUGAAGAGGAUGAGGCAACGUCAUCCACAAACUUCAAAGUGGAGGCAUUGUUGGACCAUGAAGUAAAUGAUUCCUGGAAGCCAAUAUAUGCAAUUUUCCUGAUCAAUAUAGCCACUAACAGAAGGAUAUGGGAGGCGUUGCAUAUGUCUGUGAACUUGGAUAUUGUGAAAAAUAUUCUCUGCACAGAUUUGGUGGCUGAUGAAGUUUCCAAUCUCUGUAUUACAAAGGGUAAUGGUUCUGGGAGUGAGAGCCUUGACGAGAGAUUCUGCCAUGAUCUGAAUGAAUCCCAAAAAAAGGCAGUUGGGGCCUGUCUCAAUAAACUCCAAUGUAAAAACAAGCCAUCUGUCGAACUGAUAUGGGGUCCUCCUGGAACUGGGAAAACUAAAACCGUUGCUGCACUGCUAUAUACUCUCUUGAAAAGGAAACAUAGAACGAUUGUUUGUGCUCCUACAAAUGUAGCCAUCAGGGAAGUGGCAUCUCGUGUUUUAAAGCUGCUAAAGGAAUCAGAUAGUGGUAUAAGCACUGAAACGGAGAGUUUGCUCUGUUACUUUGGAGACAUGCUUAUUUUUGGGAACAAGGAGCGGCUGAAAGUUGAUUCUGACAUGGAAGAAAUAUACUUGGAACACCGUGUAGAUUGUGUUGAUAAGUACUUUUCUAGAGGCACUGGUUGGCAUCAGUGUUUAACUUCCAUGAUAGAUACUCUCGCCAACAGCGUCAGUCAAUACCACAUAUUUUUGGAAAUCGAACACACAAAAAGAAGGAAACCAGGAAGUGAUGAUGAUGAGAGCGAAUGCAGAAGCAGUGAAGAAGAUGGUAACUGUGAGCUUAAAUCAUUUCUCGAGUUUUUCAGGGACCGAUUCAAUGCAACUGUCCAGCCCCUACGGAGAUGCCUCUAUGUUUACAGUACUCAUAUAUCCAGAACUAAUUUCCAGAAUAUUACAUCGCUGCUUACCUUACUUGAUUCUUUUGAAACUUUGUUAUUUGGAGAGAAGUUGGAUUCAGAGGAGAUAGAGAUGACUCUUUCACGUGAUGAAUUUAGCCUGUUAUCAUUUGAGAAGUCCAUGUGUCCACUACGUAAUAUUUAUAGGAAGAGACAGGAAUGCCUUUCCAUGUUGCUAACUGUUCGUGAUUCUCUGAAGGAUCUAGAACUUCCGAACUUCACGAGUAAGGAAAUGAUAGCCGACUUCUGUAACCAACAUGCUUCCUUGAUUUUUUGCACUGCUUCUAGUUCAUAUAAGCUGUACUCUGUGAAAAUGGAGCCUCUCAAUUUAUUGGUGAUCGAUGAGGCAGCCCAGUUGAAAGAAUGCGAGUCAGUAAUUCCUCUGCAACUCCCCGGUGUCAAGCAUUUGAUUUUAGUUGGAGACGAGUGUCAGUUGCCUGCUAUGGUGGAAAGCGAGGUUUCUAGCAGGGCUGGUUUUGGAAGGAGUCUGUUUGAACGAUUAAGUUCACUGGGUUAUUCAAGGCAACUCCUCCAUAUGCAGUACCGAAUGAAUCCAUCAAUAAGUCUGUUUCCAACUUCAAACUUCUAUCAAAACCAAAUUUUGGAUGGGCCAAAUGUGAAAAGCAAAAGUUACAGAAAAAGUCAUUUACCGUGGCCGAUGUUUGGUCCUUACUCGUUCAUAAAUAUUCCUGAUGGACGAGAACAAAAAGGUGAUGAUGGCUGUAGCUUUAGAAAUCCUGUUGAGGUGGAAGUUAUCUCCAGGAUAUUGGGGAAUCUGUACAGAGCGUGGGAGGGGUCAGAAGAAGAUCUGACGGUAGGUGUCAUAUCUCCCUACGCAGCUCAGGUUGCUGCAGUUCAAGCUAAACUUGGAAAAAAGUAUGAAAAUAUCAAGGGCUUUAUGGUCAAGGUGAAGUCAGUGGACGGAUUCCAAGGGGGUGAAGAAGACAUUGUUAUAAUAUCCACCGUAAGAUCAAACUCGCGUGGGACUAUUGGGUUCUUUUCUGAUACUAAGAGAACCAAUGUUGCUCUUACCAGGGCCAGGUAUUGUCUGUGGAUUCUGGGAAAUGGGAAAACACUGACAAAAAGCAAAUCUGUGUGGGAAGCUUUGAUUGACGAUGCUAAGAGUCGUAAAUGUUUCUUCAAUGUUGAUGAGGACAAGGACUUGGCUAAAGCCAUUUUAGAUGUGAUGAAAGAGAAUAAUCAGCUUGAUGUUCUGCUUGACAAAAGCAGUGUACUUUUCAGAAAUGCGAGGUGGAAGGUUCUUUUCAGUGACAACUUCCUGAAGUCUUUCAGAAAGUUGACAUCACUCAGGACAAAGAUGUCAAUCAUCCUACUUUUGUCAAGACUAUCCAGUGGCUGGAGACCAAAGAGGGGGAAUGUGGAUAUAAUUUGUGAACACUCAUCUCAUAUCGUGAGACAAUUUAAGGCUGAAGGUCUCUAUGUCUUGUGCACGAUUGAUAUAGUAAAGGAACUGACAUACAUCCAAAUCCUGAAGAUAUGGGACGUAUUGCCUUUAGAGGAUGCGACAAAAUUGGUCAAACGUUUGGACAGCAUAUUCGAGACAUAUAGUGAUGAUUUUAUUAGUCGUUGCAAUGAGAAAUGCAUUGAAGGGGAUCAGGAAGUUCCGAAGACCUGGGUCCGUCCUUUUGAUUUUGUCCGAUAUCGGAGUCCUAGUGAAGAUCAAUUUGGGAGUAGUUCUGAUGCUGAUGCUUCAGAUCGUAGGUUGUAUGCAGAGAAUGCGAAAGUGAGCGAGAGUUUGCUUCUGAUGAAAUUCUACCCUUUAUCAUCAGAUGUUGUCAGACAUUUGGUCGAUGACAGCGAUGGUAAACAAUUGAGUCUUCCAUUUGAAGUAACCGAGCAAGAAGAAGAGAUAAUUCUUUUCCCCAGAAGCACUUUUAUACUUGGGCGAUCUGGAACUGGAAAAACUACAGUUCUGACAAUGAAGUUGUUUAGAAAUGAGAAACGGCAUGACGAAGUAACCAGGGGAUUUCAGGAAAUCCAAAGUGGUAUCAGCCACAGCAAAGAUGCCUCCCUGGAAAUCAGUGGCGAGGAAAUUGGUGAAGGAGCAGAGGAUUAUGUGUUGCGCCAGCUUUUUGUGACUGUCAGUGCAAAAUUAUGUUUUGCGGUGAAACAGCAUGUUUCUCAACUUAGGAGCUCCAGCAUCAGUGCAAAACAUAGAGUAGAAAGCUCUUCAGUCAAUGAGAUUGUUGAUGAUGCAGCAUUAUUCAAGGAUAUCCCGGAUUCAUUUGGAGAUCUAUCUCCGAACUCUUAUCCCCUUAUUAUCACUUUUCGUAAGCUUCUGAUGAUGCUAGAUGGAACAGUUGGGGUUUCAUUCUUCCAAAGGUUCCCCGAUCUAAGGGAGUUUUGUCAUGGCCAAUCCUACAAUUCUAGAGCAGUUGCCUUACAAAGUCUGCUAAGAGCAAAGGAGGUUACUUAUGAAAAGUUUUGUGCAGUUUAUUGGCCUCAUUUCAAUGACAGGAUAAGGAGGAGGCUUGAUCCUUCCAGAGUCUUCACUGAAAUAAUGUCCCACAUAAAGGGUGGUCUUCAGCCAGCAGAUUGUUGUGAUGGCAAACUUGACAGACUAGCUUAUGUUUCACUUUCAGAGGGUCGUGUCUCCACUCUGAGUAUUCAGAGACGAGAAGAAAUUUAUGAUGCUUUUGAGGAUUAUGAAAAGAUGAAAAUGAAAAACGGUGAAUUUGAUUUGGCUGAUCUUGUCAAUGAUCUUCAUCGCCGUAUUUUUCGUGAGCAGUUUGCUGGUAAUGUGGUGGAUUUUGUGUAUAUUGAUGAAGUGCAGGAUCUGACCAUGAGGCAAAUUUCACUGUUCAAAUAUAUCUGUAGAAACGUUGAUGAGGGCUUUGUGUUUUCUGGAGACACUGCGCAAACUAUCGCAAGGGGAAUAGACUUCAGGUUUGAAGACAUAAGGUCCGUUUUCUACAAGGAGUUCUUGAUAGAUUCAAUGGAUGGACCUAAUAUCAGAAUGGAAAAGGGAUGUCUUUCCAAAACUUUCCAUUUGAGCCAGAACUUCCGCACUCAUGCUGGUAUUCUCAAACUGGCACAGAGCGUUGUUGAUCUUCUUUACCAUUUCUUCCCUUUAUCCGUCGAUGCUUUGAGCCCUGAAACUAGCUUAAUAUGUGGGGAAGCCCCAAUUUUACUUGAAUCAGAGAAUGACGAAAGUGCCAUACUAUCAAUUUUUGGCAACAGUGAAGUUAGUGGUAAUUUCGUUGGAUUCGGAGCGGAGCAGGUUAUUUUGGUUCGAGAUGAUCAUUCUCGAAAUGAAGUUUCAAACCUUGUGAGAGGGCAAGCCCUGGUACUGACAAUAGUGGAGUGCAAGGGGUUGGAAUUUCAGGACGUCUUAUUAUACAACUUUUUUGGCACGUCGCCUCUGAAAAGUCAAUGGAGGGUCAUUUAUGGGUACAUGAAGGAGCAAGCUUUGCUUGAUAACAGCUCUGAAUGGUCUUCCCCAAGUUUCAAUGACACGCAGCACAAUAUAUUAUGCUCUGAAUUGAAGCAAUUGUAUGUCGCAAUAACUCGGACAAGGCAAAGAUUGUGGAUUUGUGAGAAUGCCCUGGAGUUCUCCAAACCAAUGUUCGACUACUGGAAAAAGAAGUGCCUCAUUCAAGUUAGGUUGGUAGAUCAGGCCCUUGCAGAAGCAAUGCAGGUCGGGAGCACGCCAGAGGAGUGGAAGGCACGAGGUUUUAAGCUGUUACGGGAGGGUAACUACCCAAUGGCAACAAUGUGCUUUGAACGAGCAAGGUAUGAGUAUGGGGAGAAAUUGGCUAAGGCCUCUGCUUUCAAAGCAGAUGCUGAUCUCAAGCAUGUUUUAAGUCCACAAGAGGCUUCUAACCUUCGAAGGCAAGCUGCUGAGAUUUAUGAAGCAAUUGGAGUGGCCGACUCUGCGGCAGAGUGUUUUUACAUGUUGAAGGAAUACGAGAAAGCAGGUAGAAUAUAUAUGGAAAAAUGUGGAGAAUCUGCUUUGGAGAAAGCUGGACAGUGUUUUUCUCUAGCUGGGCGCUAUAGUCUUGCAGCAGAGGCAUAUGCAAGGGGAAAUAUUUUCUCGAAGUGCUUGUCCAUUUGUGCAAAGGGAAAACUCUUUGAAAUGGGUCUGCAAUAUAUUGAGGGUUGGAAAAGCCUGGGAAAUGAGAGUAGCGCGAUAGUAAAGAAAAAUAAAGAAAUGGAGAUAUUGGAACAAGACUUUUUAGAGAGUUGUGCCCUUCAUUACUAUGACCUCAGAGACUACAAGGCCAUGAUGAAGUGUGUGAAGGCUUUUCAUUGCAUCGAUUCAAUGCGGAACUUACUCAUGAGGCUGGGAUGCCUCGAUGAACUUAUCAACUUGGAGGAAGACCAUGGUAACUUUUUGGAGGCGGCAAGGAUUGUGAGGAUGAAAGGUGAUCAACUUGGGAAGAGUAGACAAAACAAAGAAGCGUCAAUGAAGGAAUAUGAGAAAGCAGGUAGAAUCUAUAUGGAAAAAUGUGGAGAAUCUGCUUUGGAGAAAGCUGGAGAGUGUUUUUCUCUAGCUGGGCGCUACAGUCUUGCGGCGGAGGCAUAUGCAAGGGGAAAUAUUUUCUCGAAGUGCUUGUCCAUUUGUGCCAAAGGAGAACUCUUUGAAAUGGGUCUGCAAUACAUUGAGGAUUGGAAAAGGCUGGGAAAUGAGAAAAGCGCAAUAGUAAAGAAAAGUAAGGAAAUAGAGAAAUUGGAACAAGACUUUUUAGAGAAAUGUGCCCUUCAUUACUAUGACCUCAGAGACUACGGGGCCAUGAUGAAGUAUGUGAAGGCUUUUCAUUGCAUCAAUUCAAUGCGAAGCUUACUCAUGAAUUUGGGAUGCCUCGAUGAACUUAUCAGUUUGGAGGCAGACUACGGUAACUUUUUGGAGGCAGCAAAGCUUGUGAGGAUGAAAGGUGACAUUAUACGUGAGGUUGAUCUACUGGCGAAGAUUGGAGAAAACAAGGAAGCGUCCAUGCAUAUCCUGUGGUAUGUGUUAUUCUAUUCCCUUUGGGCUCCUGGAAGUAAAGGUUGGCCCUUGAAGCAGUUUGCACAAAAGGAGGAGCUGCUAGCAAAGGCCAAACAUCUCGCAAAGCCCGAGCCUAUUGCUUUCUGUGAAUAUGUUUCUGUAGAAUCAAGCACUUUGUUAGAUAAACAGAGCAGUUUGGCUGAAAUGAAAGAACUUUUGAGUGCAUCCAGGAGAAAUGAAAGUGUCAGAGGUGAAAUACUAUGCGCUCGAAAUAUUCUGGACUUCCAUCUCCUUUGGAAUGUCUCAGAUUUUUGUUGGGAGUAUGAUUGGGUGGAGUAUUCUGAACAACAAAUCUUGAGGAAUGAGAUUUCUGUUGACUCAAUGGUCUGCUUUUGGAAUCUUUGGAAGGAGAAGAUUGUUAGAAUUAUAAAGUGUGUAGGAUGUGCGGAGAUGCCGGGGGAAAAGGAAAGUAGGUGCUGUUGGGAGUUCUGCUUGAAUUACUUUGGUGUGCUGGAGCAACGGGACAACCUGCAAGGAACUUAUCACCUUCUAAAUGCAGAUGCUGAUUGGGUCAGAAAUAUAGAUAAAAGAUUUCUCCAACGAAAUGGACAGUUGGUUGCUUUGGAGCUUCAACAAUUAGUCUCUGCAGCUCAAAAGUAUUGGUAUUCUGAGCUUACUUCUGUUGGUAUGAAGCUCCUGCACAAACUGGACGCCCUUUACAAUUUUUCAGUGAAGAGUUCUCUGUCGAACUUCUGGCAAAGCAGAUGUCUUGCUCUCUUACAAGAGGUUGCAAAGUUCCUUCAAGAACUGAAUUAUCUGAAUGACUCCUCCAGGUUUGGUAGGGCACUGGGGAAUUUCAUUGAAACAUCCAGUAGGAGGUACUUUGGUCACAUAUUUCCUCUUGACUGGCGAACCUCAUCAACACAGGAUAUGAUAUCUCUGAGAGGAAGUGAGGCUUCUCGUCAUUUACUGAGAGAAAUGAUGAACAUGAGAAUUUCGAAGACGCAUUUUUCACAUGGGAAGAUGGGUGAGCUUGCAACUUUAAUUCUUGGGUCUGGCAUGCUCGAUGAUGAAUUGUACGGAAGAAUUGCGCAGUCUUUUCCGGGAAAUACGUCAUGGAAGGCGUUCAUGGAAUGUGUUUGUCAGGAUGUACAAUCAGACCUUCCUCAGGCCAGCGAUGAUAAUAAGCCCGUGGAGUCCUCUUUGACUUGGAACCUUUAUGGAGCUUUGGCAGAUACUUACAAGGCCAAUUGGAGGAUUGAAAGAGACUACAUUACUCCGAUUUGCUUCUUGUAUCUCUUGGAACGACUUUUGAUUCUGUUAUCCUGCUCCAAAGGGAAGUUUUAUGCAACCAAGUCUUCUCUAGUUGAAUGGCUUAUCUGCCAUGAGGGUUUAGCAAAGCCUAGCUUUACUUUCAACCCGGGAAAUUGCUUGGAGCCCAUCAUUGGGUUUGUUACUAGUACUAUUCAGCAGCUUCUUUGCAACAAAGGGGAAACCGUAGAAUGGAUCAAAAGAUCGAACCUAAACGUGACUAUUUACUACCCGCUAUUGGUCUUGAAGUUGGUUCUGUUGGUUUGUUUGCUUCACUUAAAUUUUGGCAUCGAUCCAUAUUUUCUCAUUGAUUUGCUGGGGAAGAGUUGGGUUUCUGAGCAAUUACCUCCAGAGUUUCGUCGAAUUCUUUUACGUCGCUGGAGGCUGAACUUUCGGGAAAAUUCAGUGGGUAUUAUCGCUGAAGCAUUCAAAAAAGUUGAUGAUCCCCUCGUAAUCACCAAUUCUGCUGCAGAUUGUUCAACAUGUCCGCAUGCCAUCAUUUUAGAUGUGAAGCCGAACAAACGCAAGGAAGAGAUUAUGGAAGUUUUAUUCCCCAAAGAUGGAAGCGCUGUGAGCUCUUGCAAGUCACGAGAUCUGACCGAGGUUUCCAAGGAUUCCUCUUCAUCUUGCAACAGUGCAGCACCAGCUGUGCAUUUGGAUGGUGCAAACACGUCGUCGUUGCCGGAACAAGAAACGAGCAUAGCGAAAGAGGAAGAGAAGAGCGAAGCUGUGGAAGCUCAAAAGACCAGUGAUGUGAAGACGGAUGAGCAGGAUGAGCAGGCUUCAUCGUCUUCUUUUUCCCAUACUGGUGUCAUCGGAAACAGGAACAAGAACAAAGGCAAUUGCAAGUCCAACGGCAAGCAAAAAAAGAAAGGAAGAGGCAAGAAGAAAUGAAUCCUCGCUUCGUUGUCCCAGAUCCAGUUUGGGUGAAAAUGGAUAGCGUGUAUGCCGGUGAAGAAUGAGAAAGAAAAUGCGACCUUCUCAGCACGUCUUAUUUAACUACAGAUCAUCUUGAUAGAGAAGUUUGCCCGAUUGGAGUGAAUAUACAUUAUGAUAACGAGAUUGUGAGAGCAUAUGUCCGUAUGGGAAUGCACAUAAUUGAUCUGUUUGUACCCUCACCGGACGAAGGAUGAGUCCGUCGCCAGAAAAUUCUCCUGUUUCCAGAUGGAUAACCCAACGGUGAGCCAAAUCUGGCUCUUGAUGGAGAUUAAGGAUGACAUUACCGUAAGAUUCAUGUAGUUGCUUAACUCUUACGAUGACUCACCUCCUGAACAGCUUUUGGUUGCGCUAAGUACUCAUCUCCAUGGCUACAUGAUUUCGGGCCUCAGGAUUGGUCUAGUGAUGUCAAUGUUCUAAUGUAACGUAGAAACUAUCGGAUCUUGC